ACGUUCGUCGAGUGCAUACCGUUGUAUGUAUGACGCUCAUUUUCACGCAUAUACAACAGUUCGUUCCCGUUGUUUGGCGUGGUCGCGCUCGCGCGCGCGGGAACUGUUAUCCUGCCAUUUUAAUCGAUUAGAAAAGAUAAAAUGAGAAAUCAGUGGUGGAAGAAGGAACAUCCUCGUGCGUUUCUUGCAAUCGAACGCGAGCCUCAAAGGAAUCCUUGAAGAAAUUCGAAUCGAAAAAGGAUUCACGUUCCAGUGUUCGGGAACGAAUUCGAUUGUGAAUGUGUUUGUGACUGUACGAUGAGAGAAACGAGUCUACCAGUGGAUUAAGGCGCCUCGUACACCCGUUUGAAGCAACGCCAUGGCGCCCCCAGACAGGCACAGAUCACCGAGGCCAGGCUCCGGGCUCAGCCUCUCCGUGCUCGAUCUGGCCCAGAUCCGAGCGCUGGUGGAGUCGACGGGGAUGCUAGGUGGCUCUACCUGUCCGUCGUGCGAGAUGCCGUUCGACAAAGGGAAGAAACGUCGAUUGAUCGACUCGUGCGGCCACGAGCGGUGCUAUUCCUGCCUGUUCCGCAGCGAGGCCUGCCCGCUCUGCCUGCGCGCCGAUUUCAACGACGACGACGGCCUGGAGGGACCCUUCAGGGAGGGGUUCAUCGGUUGCUCGGGGCCCGUGUCCAUCCUCGCGCCCACGGAUGGCUGGAUCGAUGAGUCAUCAACGGUGAACUCUCUCUGCGGCAGCCCCAGACCGCGUACGAAAGUCACCACGAGAGCCAAUCUUCCUUCGAGACUCAUGCACCAACGCGAGACCGAUGAAAGCGUUUCCUCCUCGGCGAUGGCCAAAGGAUUGAAGAACAAACCACCGGCACUUCCCGAAUCCUCUCAGGGGAAGCAGAAGCUUCAGAUGAUGACGCAGAGUUGUCCAACCCCACCGAAUCAAAGGAAGAGGUUUUUCCUGAAUCCAAAGGUGCUCAGGAGUUCGUUCGUUCCUCAAAGAUCGUCCAGGCGAGGAGCAUCGUCUCCUGAACCAGUCGUGAACGACAAUCCUUCCGCCUUGUCAGCUUGGAUGGCCUCGUCUUGGGAGGGGAAGUCACGAUGGCCGGGUGUAGUGCUGGGGAAAAUCAAAUCGUUGUGGAGCAAUAGUCAAGGGACGGCGAACGAUGGGCUGAACCAGCUCAUCGACUCGAGGAACAAAGUCACAGACGACGAAGGAGGUUGCGUGAAGCCAUUGUCCUCGAAGACGAGGAAAUCGUCCCAAUCGGAUCUCCACAUGAGGCUGGGCCUUCUCCUAGGCACGAAUCACGCUCGAGCGAGCAGCAGCGUGGACACGACGGAUCUGCCCGGUGGCUCGAGUCGUUCCAGUGCAGGCGCAUGCCAAUCCAGGGUCCCUAUCCAAGGCCACGACAGUUCCGCGGCCUCGUUCAGCAGUUUAACGAGCUUCGAAACGCAAACGUUGGCCUCCACGAACACGAGCCCAGUGUCCACGUUGACUGGGACGUCGAGCGAAGCGGAGGCAGCAGCAGCUCUGAGGUGUCCUAUCAAACCUAAGGCGAAGGUGAAAGGGAAGAGCAAGUCGUCGAGAGAUUGCGACAGUGCUGGAAGCUUGGCCUCCAUCUCGACCUCGGUUUCCGCAUCCACCUCUAUGUCGAUGUCGAUGUCCGUUUCCGUUUCGGGCCUGUCGAACGGCAGCUCGAGCCCACUCACCCCUAGAAGACAUUCCGUGAACGCCUCGCAGCCCGGCCAAAGCGACGAGCUUGGCCAGUUCAAAAACAGACGGUCUUGCGCCAGGAGAUCGGCCAGGACUGGAAACGUCAAGGGUGUUGUCGACACGAAAUUGCGUUUCAUACAGCAUCACGGCACGCAGCUGACCCUGAAACCUCUGUUCUUCGAAGUACCUUUAUUGGAAGCCGAUCCGUUGUUCACCGGUCGCCAAUGGCUUCUCCAAGAGCUGGAAUCGGUUGUAAACGGGUCCAGCCCUGGGGUUUUGAUCUCUGGUUGUCCUGGAACCGGGAAGACAGCGCUGGUUCUACAACUGGUUGAGCACAGCUGUUUUGGAAGAAGGCGGGAACAACCUCUUCCAUCGGAAAUCAAUGAGGAGGCUGGAGAGAAAGAGAAAAUAAGUUGCAGCUCAGCUUUGCACGCUAGUAUUCGUUAUACCAACGAGAAGGUUCGAGAACUAGCCUCUCACGUCGUAGCGUAUCACUUCUGUCAAGCGGAUAAUAACAGCACUUGUUUGGUACCAGACUUGAUCCACUCUUUAGCGGCUCAAUUGUGCCAAGCCCCUCAACUCAUCUCCUACAGAGAAUACCUGCUCUCGGAACCUCAUAUACAGGGCUCUCUAUCGCAAAGGGAAUGCACUGUCGAUCCAGAUCUUGCACUAUCUAGAGGUAUAAUCGAACCCUUGUCUACAUUGAAGAAAACAAACAGACUGCCUGACACCAAUAUGGUGAUUUUAAUCGAUGCUGUCUGCGAAGCAGAGUAUCACAGACCAGACAGAGGCGACACAAUAGCAUCCUUUUUAACGAGGCAUGCUCCAAACUUUCCUAGCUGGUUAAAAAUUGUCUGCACGGUCAGGACACAAUUGCUAGAAUGCGCCAAACAAUUGCCUUACACCAGGGUCUCCUUAGACAGAGCAUCGAACGACAGCGCCGGAAGCAACGUGACAAGAGAUCUCUCCGAUUACAUUGGAUAUAGAUUGGCCCAGAGCCCUGCUAUUCAAACAAACGUCACUGCGUCGGUGAAUGGCAAAGCGGAAUCAUCGUGCAGCGCGAAUCAAACCAGAUUCGCCUCGCAUCUACUAGCUCUAGCUAGGGGUAGCUUUCUCUUCGCGAAAUUGACCCUCGAUCUUAUCGAGAGCGGUCACCUGGUGGCUAAAUCUGCCAGCUAUAAGGUGCUGCCAGUCUCCUUGGCGCAGAUUUUCCAGUUGCACUUCAACCUCAGGUUCCCCACAGCAACAUCGUUCGACAAGGUUCAACCUCUAUUAGGCGUUUGCCUAGCUGCUCUGUAUCCUCUAACCUUACCCGAGAUCUUCUACUCGGUGAAUUCUCUGAACACGGACCAUUUCGUUUCAUGGGAGGAUUUUCUACAGAGAUUCAAAAUGCUCUCUGGAUUCCUCGUGAAACGUCUGGACAACACGUACAUGUUCUUCCACCCAUCGUUCAGGGAGUGGUUGAUGAGAAGGGACGAGGGCGAAUCGACCAAGUUUCUCUGCGACCUGAGGUUAGGUCACGCGGCCAUCGCGUACAGGCUCUCCAGACUCCAGGCACCGUUAGACGGCGAUAAAGCUUUAGAAUUGGGUCACCAUAUACUUAAGGCGCACGUUUACAGAGGCGUUGCUCCGUGUUGGCCUUCGCGCGAUCUACAGGCCAUUUGGUUAGCAUCGUCCACGGAAUGCGUCUCCUCCGCGCUGUGCACGCUGAGAAACAUCUACAGCCCGAACGUGAAGGUUUCGAGGUUGCUUUUGCUGGCAGGAGCGUCUCCAAAUCACAUCACGGAAUAUCUGGGCAAUGCUCCAGCUCUUUGCAUGUACGCCCACGAGGGUUCUGUCGAGAUGGUGUCGUUGUUAUUGGAAUUUGGAGCUGACGUCGAGUUGACGAAUAGCCAGGGAUGCACGGCGCUCUCGUUAGCGGCUGCUCGUGGCCACUGCGACGUCGUCAGAAGACUGGCCGCUGCUGGAGCUUCGUUAGGUCAUACGGACAUGGCGGGACAGUGUCCCUUGGUUCAUGCAGCCAGACACGGAAGAUUGUCCGUGGUUGGUUACCUUUUGGCUUGCGACUGGGUAGUUCCAACGAACGUGAGCGAAACCGAAGGAUCUCAAGAAAUAGGAAGAGAAGAGGCUGCUCAGCAAGCUGUGGUCGCCGCAGCAGCCCAAGGUCACGAAUCUAUAGUGGAAUACUUACUGGACAUGGCCGAAGUGAUCGUAGAUCGCCCUGACACUUUGAUAGGCGAGACUGCCUUGACUAUCGCUGCUGCGAACGGUUCCACGGCCACGGUUUCGGCAUUGUUGGCUCGAGGAGCGAAUCCAACAGCUGUGAACGCGAAAGGAUUGUCCCCUUUGAUGUUAGCUGCAAGAGAGGGACAUUGGGGUACGGCUGAAAGAUUGUUGCAAGGAACACUCUCGAGCAGCACCGAUACCGUUCUGGACGAUGCAGCAUCUCUCCUGGAUCAACGAGACCCGGCUGAUCGUACUGCACUGAUGCUGGCCGCCUCAGAAGGUCACACAAACUUGAUCGAACUAUUUUUAGACAAAGGAUCCGUGCUGGAGAGCAGAGAUAAAGAAGGAAUGACCGCUCUCUGUUGGGCCUGCGUGAGAGGAAGACUAGCCGCCGUGCAAAAUCUUAUCGAUCACGGGGCUGACGUUAAUACUAAUGAUAACACCGGGAGAACUCCUCUAGAUCUAGCUGCUUUCCAGGGCAAUCCGAAGUUGGUGCAAUUGUUGCUCGAGAAGGGAGCAGCUGUGGAGCACGUCGAUCUCCACGGAAUGCGACCUUUGGACAGAGCGAUAGGAUGUCGAAAUAUACCCGUGGUGCAGUGUUUCCUACGCCGUGGGGCGAAAUUGGGCCCGGCUACCUGGGCGAUGGCCGCUGGAAAACCAGACGUUCUCCUGAUCUUGUUGAACAAACUCCUCGAAGAUGGGAACGUCCUCUACAGGAAGAACAGACUGAAAGAGGCGUCGCACAGAUACGCGUACGCGCUACGAAAGUUCCCUGCUUCGCCGGAAGAGGAUUGCCAGGGGCAAGAGCAGGGUCACAUGAUGCUGCAACUCCAGACGUUUGCGCAACUUCGACUGAAUUUCUUGCUCAACCUCAGUCGAUGCAAGCGCAAGAUGAAUGAAUGUGCGGAAGCAAUCGAGCUCGCUGACGAAGCUCUAAAAGUUCGUCCAGUAUCGUACGAGGCAUUUUACGCUAGGGCGAAAGCACGAGUUGAUUCAGACUUCCUGGAGGACGCGUUAUCCGACGUCCAAGAGGCAUUGCAGAUCGCACCGCCGCAAAAUCGACAGGAUCGGCGCGUUCUCGUUACUCUGAAGGAAGAAAUAGUUUCCAGAUUGGACGGAGUGGGGACCAGCAAAGGAUCGGUUGACUCUGCCAACAGAUCUCGCCUUCGAGCGUCAGUCGAUACUCUCACGGAAUUGUAAAAUUAUCUAUUUUUUUUUUUUUUUUUUUUUAAGUCUCUCAAAAGAUCGCCC